AUUUUACGAUCCGUUCGGAUUUAUCCCAUUGAACUAUGCAGUGAAGCUGAUGGAAGUAAACAUAUAGUAACCGUCCACGCGACAAUGGUUAUUUUAUAGAUGUUAAUAUAUUUUAGACUCGCGGAUGCUAUCGAUAUUGUAAAUAAUUGACGUCGUUUACAAUACCAAGGGGGGGCUAUCGUCUAUAUUACGCUUAAAAAUUAGCUACAGGCGUUUCAACUACAAGUCUUCUCCGCUAACUAGCUAGAUCUCCUGUGAGAUGCCUUAGCAGCACGCUUUAAGCUAAGGAAUUUGAUAGAUCAAGUACGGCGAACAUUGAUCCAACGCCUCAAGGAACUGUCUUAAACGGCAUCAUGGCACAGGAACAAGACUUAGACUUCAAGUCCAUGCCCAAGAUUGAGCUCCAUGCCCACUUAACAGGCAGUAUAAGCCGGCAAUGUUUGCACGAGAUCUGGGAAGUCAAGAAAGCAGCUGGGGAAACCGACCUGGAAGACCCUCUAGUCGUGAUGCCGCUAGGUAGGCACGACUAUGAUCUCACAACCUUCUUCCCCCUCUUCUCUUCUUACAUCUACAACCUGAUUAACGACGCCCCGUCUCUCGAGCACUCCACCAAAUCCGUCGUGCGCGACUUCGCUACCGACGGAGUGGCGUAUCUCGAGCUGAGGACAACACCGCGCGCGAUGCCGGCCGCGGGCCUAGAUAAGGCGGGCUAUGUAGCGGCUGUGCUGCAGGCGAUCGCGCAGGAAGAAGCGCAGACGCAGACGCAGACGCUCCACACGCGUCUAAUACUGUCCAUCGACCGGCGCAACACUCUCGCCGAAGCUUACGAAGUCGUCUCUCUCGCGAAGCAAUUCCGUGCCCAGGACCAAGGCGUCGUAGGAAUCGACCUCUGCGGCGACCCUACGAAGGGGGAUGUAUCGCUAUUCACGCCUGCGGUCAAAGAGGCACAGGCAGUGGGACUGAAAGUGACGAUCCAUUUUGCAGAGGCGGAGGCUAGUGCUAGCUUAGCCGAGCUGAGCACCAUUAUGAGCUGGAUGCCGGACCGGCUGGGCCACGUGAUCCAUGUGCCGGAGGGUGUCAAGAGGCAGAUAGAGGCGCAGACGGGGAUUGGGCUGGAGCUGUGUCUUAGCUGCAACGUCCACGCUAAAAUGAUUGUUGGAAGUUUCGAGGCGCAUCAUUUCGGGGAGUGGUGGCGGGUUGAUGGCCCGGUUGUUGUGCCUUGUACUGAUGAUGUGGGCAUUUUUGGGAGUCCGCUGUCGAAUGAAUGGAGGCUUAUACAGGAGCACUUCAGGCUACAGAGAGAGGAAAUAUUAGGAUUGGCGAGGAAGGGCAUUGAUGUCAUCUUUGCGGACGAUGAUGAGAAGGUGAGGUUAAGGGAGAUCAUGUGGUGAAGGCCAAUAUCUGGACAUGUUACGUAGGGCAAGGAUUAACACGAAGAA